AUGAGUAUGGAUGUGUUCUCUUGCGAUUUCAUGGUGGAUGAUCUCGCGAUGAAUGAUCUCGCGCUGGACGAUCUCAACGAAGAUCAAGGCAAGUUUACUAGGCUGCAAGUCGAUGAUGGUGAUCCAUGGGCGGGUUUGAGCUGCCCUCCCUGGGAUCCCCAGGCGCUCGAGGAGCCCAAGCCAGUAAUCUCCAAGAGAGCUACCAGGCGGCCUCUUAGAUUCGCCUGUAUGGAUCUGGAACAGGACGACGAAGAGGAAGAAAAGCCCACGAAGCCCAAGCCCAAGAGAAAAUCCAGGCCCACCUCCAAAAGUGUUGCCGCGCCGAGGAAGACCAAAGCCGAGAAGCCCAAGAGGAUUUCCAGGCCCGCCUCCAAAAGAGUUGACGAGCCCAAAGCCGAGGCGAGGAAGAACGCCACCUCCAAGAUCUCUCCCGAGGAACGGGAGGAGCUCAGGAGAAUCCGAGAGACUCUGCCGGAUCACGCUUUGUGCCCGAGGUGUGACGAGUUUUGGCGCACGAGGUUCUACGACUUCAAUAACUAUCGCAAGGACCAGAUAAGGUAUAAGUGCGUGCCCUGCAACAAGAAGUGGACGCUCGGUAAGCCGCCACGAACGAGAACCAAGCGUGCUAAAGUUGCAAUCUAA